UUUUAGAAUGCAAUUUUUAAGUGAUGCACCAAUCCAGUGUUUUUUGCAAUUCAUUACUCAAAGUUCCAGUCGAUCCUGUGAGUAAAAUGCCCAAAACUUCAUAUGAACGUAACGAGAACCUCUAUCUUGAAUCACAGUGUUCUUUAGAUUCUUCGACCUCCUACUCUGCGUCCGACACAGAUGUGGACGCUGAAAAACUUAAAGAUUUUUAUCGGAGUAUUCCCGAUUAUAACGAGAUAAACCAUCUGUCCGAAAAGGAGUUUUAUUGCACAUUAAAAACUUUGAGAGAAAGAAAGAAAAUUAUGUUUAAUUUUACUAUAACGGACAUCGAUAAUAAUUGUGGAUUUCUUAUCGAAAAAUCUAAGGAUAGAACUGAAAGGAAAUCACACUUGGAUCGGAAUCUACGCAGUCGUAAAAAAUCUAUGAGCAGCGAAACAAAAGAAAAUAAAUAUUGUGUUGUUAACCAGCCGCAUAAGGUCCCUAGCAAUAAGAAAACUGGCAUUAUUAAAGAGCCUAAAAGUGAUCUAAAGGACAAAAUAGAAGAUAAAAUAUUGAGUGUUAAAGGUAUAUCUAAAACUGAGAGGCCCAAACGUAACCAUUCCGCAUGUUCUAUUACAUGGCAUGAUGAUAAAAAGGAAUUUAGGAAGGAAGUUGAUGAAAAAUUCGACAAGUUUUUCGAAAAAGAUAGUUACGAUGUCGAUGAUAAAACAUUUCGAACUCAAAGUAUGCCUUCUAGUCCUUUAAGGAACCGUAGAUCGGCUUCUAUUUCGCCUAAAAGCAGGGAGAACAUUACUAUACCUAAGCCUUUUAAAAUGACCAGAAGGGAUGAAGACAAUAAAAUAGUAAACGAGUUAAGAGGUCUUCAAAAAUCAUUUUCUGAAGAUAUGCUCAACCAAAAACGAGAAAGAAAGCAGUUUAAAGCCAGGCCGGUACCUAUAGAAUCACGGAUCCCUUUAUACGAUAAAAUUUUAGAGGACCAAGCUAUGAGACGAGCUAUAACUAAAAUUAAUAGUGAGGCCGAAUUACGAGCACAAAUGAAACCGUUUAGUUUUACAAAGAGAGAAGAAUGUGGUAAAGGUAUCUGUGAUCGAGCUGCAAAUGCUCUUCCGAAAGCAAAGAAGAAAAAGCGGUUCAAGGCGCGACCGGUACCAAAAAAUCUUUUUUCGAAUUACUUUUACGAUAGGCUGAACGAAGAAAACUUUUUUCGAUCUAUGAACAGACGUAUCAGGGCUGAGGAAAUGCUUAAGAAUUCAAGUUACCCAGGUUUGAUGACAACGAGGGAUCAAAGCCGUAUCUCUACGCCAGCAGCCCACAGUGACUUGCCAACUGACCCAUCGCCCGCAGCACUGUCAGGCUCUACCAUCAACAAAUACAGAUCAACGAGCCCCACGAAACAAUUUAAGAAGAGGGUUAAGCAAUUGAAAGAUGACUUUAUUACUACUAGUCCCCAACCGUUUCAUUUCAACACUGCAGCGAGAGCAAACCAAAAGAUGAAGGAAAUAUCUAAAAAGAUGUCUCAGGAUAUUAAAACUAGUGAGAGUAGGGAUAAUCUCGAUACAGUAGAUAGAGGUAAAGUUUACUCGGCUUUGGACUUGAGAGAGAAAGAAGGUAGAUCAAAUCUAGCAGCUCUCUUGAGGGCAGAAGCUGUUAAGAAGAAAUUCGAAAUGGAAGCUGAUAAACGACUAUACGAUCAACUGCGGCGUAUCGAAGCUAAACAUCGAAACCGCUUACUGCGCUCGAAACCUGCAUGGCAUCUCGUCAAAAACAAUCAUGAGGCAGAAAUUGCGAUGCGUUUGCAGACUCGAAGAGACGAGGAAAGAAUGAGGCGCGAAGAGUUUCUACAUGAGAUGGAGCUAAUGUACGGUAGGGUUCAGAAGCAGCCGAUGUUAUUUGAACGAUUCUAUGCACCCCGCUCUGGCGUCGAAUCUAUUGAUUAUGCACGACUGUCUCCAAGAAAGAAAAGCAAUAAAAGUCGCAACGGAAAAAGAACUGCAAAACAUCAUUUAUUGAACAAAAGUGUUUCGCCAGAUUCAAAUGAAGAGAGUUCCAAACAUUUAUAUAGACUCUAUGAUUCAGAUGGUGGUGCCACGGAAAGUUGAGGAAAAUUAAGUUUAAGUUAAGAAGAGUUAGGACUACUUAUUUAUAU